GGAGUGAUUGAACAGUUAAGUACCAGGAAUAUGUCAAACAAGGAACAAUACCAGAGUGACGUCAGUCUGCAUACUGAUGAACCAUACCAAUGUACAUACUGUGACAAGUGUUUUACUGUGAAAGCCGUACUGAAAAGACACAUGCGAGUGCAUACUGGUGAGCAACCAUACCAUCGUAAAGUUUGUGACAAGCGUUUUAUGCAGAAAGUCCACCUGAAAACACACAUGAGAGUGCAUACAGGUGAGCAACCAUACCAAUGUAAAGAAUGCAACAAGUGUUUUACCAAGAAAGGCUACCUGAAAACACACAUGAGAGUGCAUACUGGUGAGCAACCAUAUCAAUGUAAAGAAUGCAACAAGUGUUUUACCAAGAAAGGCUACCUGAAAAUACACAUGAGAGUGCAUACUG